GAUGUCAGUUUUUGUUACCCUGCCGCCGACCGCCGUUUCAAUAUUUUGAACAUUGCUUAUCAAUAACGGUACUUAAUUUUAGCUUUAUAAAAAAAAAAAACUAAUAGUAUAAUACCUUUUAUUCGUUUUUGCGAACCAACUUUGACUAUUUUAUUAUUGUAAAAUUAAUUAAAAAGUAACAUUUUUGGCGUUAAUAGUUUAUUUCAGCUGCUUAUACAUAGGUGUAGUUAUUACUUAUUAAUCUAAACGUUUGUGUCUAGACAUCCAAUACUUAUUUGUUACUUGCAAAAUCCUUAGACGCACUUGUGUUAAUAUUAAUAUUGCCUAAUUAAUCUAGUUGAUUGUUUGAGCGGUUCUUAGAUGGAUCCCACUGAUUCCAGAAGUCCAGCUGUUUCAAAGGACGGAUCAUUUUAUGGUGUUUUUGUAGAAACAGAAGUCGAUGAUGGUGGUGAGCACUGAAAAUAAUUAAUAUAAUAUUCAAAGACUAUUUUUUUUUUUUUUAAUACCUUAUUUACUUAAUCUACAUUACAGGUAUAAAGAAAGUAUUUACCGAACUUCGAGAAACACUUUCUGUAGUAAAAUAUAAAAAAACUGCUAGGUUUAAAUUGUUUAGAUCUGAAACAGAAGCCGAACGUUUUAGUAUCUUUGGUCAAGAGUCCCCAGUAAAAGAAAUUAUCAAAAAUAAUAAAUCAAAUGACCUUUCUAAUAAUGUUCAUUCGACUAGUUUUAACUUCAAAUCUUUAAAAUCUGAAGAUUUAGUUGCAUUUCGACGUCUCAUUGAAAGUGGAGAACUAGAAAAAGUAAAACAGGCCGUGUAUUCGAAUCCAAGAUUUCUCGUUAGCAGUGGCGAUACACCAUCAAUAAUUCAAGUAAAAUCAUUAAAUACUUUAAAUAUAUAUUUUAUUAAGUAUUCUAAUUUGUAUAUCUAGUUACUAUCAAAAUAAAAACUCAAUUUUAUGUUUACCUUAUGUAAUUUAACUAACGAAUUUAAAAGUAUUUGUUUAUUUAUUUUGAAAUAUAGGUACUCAGAUAUAAGUUUGAGAUAUCAGUUAAUUCUAUACAAUCGGAGAAAAAUAAUCUUAUAAAAACCAUAUUUAAAUUAUUAUUCAUAUUAUAAACACUAUUAAAUACCCAGCUUGUUACUGAUUAUAAAACUAAAUUAAUUGAAAUAUGUAUUUAUUAGUGUUAUUAUUAUUACAAUAUUUAUUAUUGUUUUUAUUAAAAUAACUAAUUUAUUUAGGAAGGAUGUCGAUAUAAUGCUAUGCAUGUAGCUGCUCGAUACAACCAACCAGAAAUUGUUCAUUUCAUAAUGGAAUGUGUUACUAGUUCAGAUUUUAUAAAAAGUUUAUAUGGUAUAGAACAAUCAUAUCUAUCGCGAAGCGAAAUUAUUACAGAUUUGUAUUUAAAUACUCCUGAUAAAGCUGCUAAUGAUACGCCUCUUCAUAUUGCCUCAAAAUUUGGCCAUGUGAAUGUAGUGAAAGAAUUAGUUUCCUAUGACAAAUGCAUAUUGACAUGUUUAAAUAAAUAUGGCCAAACUCCAAAAGACGUAAAUAUUAUUAAUUAAUAAAAUUGUUAUUUAAAACUAAGAUAUCCUAUUAAACAACCUAGGUUAUAUGCUCAAGAAAAAACCAGGACAUGUAUGAUAAUAUAUUAAAUUUGAUUGAAAGUGGAUACUUUGUACCAAUGUGGAAAUCUAAUGACAGUUGUGUACAACCUACAAUUGGUAAACCUUUUUCACCUAAGUCUCCGACAGUAUUUCCAACACUACAGGUUAAAUAAGAAUAUGAAGAUUAAACAUAUUUUCAAGUACUUUUCCUAAUUAAAAUUGAUUUGUAUAUAUAUAUAUUAUUUUUUCCUUUUAGAGUGAAAGCCUUAAACAAUUAAAUCCUGUACUUGAAAUACAAGCUCUGGCUGGACCAAUGAAUGAAUCACAAGCUUUAAAAUUUUGGAAAGAUUGGAAGUCACCAGUGCGAAAAACUCUAUUAUCUUCAACACCUCAAAAAUGUUCAACAAGCCCAAGACAAAACGAGUUUAAUAUCAAAAGUAUUGAAAAAGCAGGAAGGUAAAAUACUAUUUAUAAUAUUUAUUUAAUUUUGUUUGUGAAUUAUUUAUUUAUUUAUUUAUAGAAUUUUAGCUGAAAAAAGAAAAGUUGGCUGGGCUGAGUAUUGGCCAUUUCUUGAUCAAAUAGUUGAUCUUAAGUCUGAUAGAGGUUUAGAUCUACUUGAAAAAUACUUAAAACAAAGAUUUAGUAUGAAAGUAAAGGAUAUUCCUGAAAAAUAUGAACAUGAACCAACUACAUUAUUGAGUCCUAUGAGUGAAUUAUGCAAAGCAUUAGAGACUAUGCGAAUCAGAAGUACCCAAAAGGAAAAAAGUCCCAAACGAUCUACUCUUGUACCUUAUACUUGCCUUGUAAAAUCCUGUAAAGUAUGUACGUUAAAUUAAGUAAUAAUAAUAAAGAUUAAAUUAAUAUUAUUAUUUGUUUUAUGUUAAGGUUUUAGGAGAGCGCCUGUUAAAAGUUAUAAUAUCGGAAUAUAAAGAUAUGCAAAAUAUCAAACCAUUAGCUAAUCAAUUAUGUCAUGAAGUUAGACAUUUGUUAGUUUUAGAAGAUAGUUUCUAUUCAGAUAUUCGUUUUGAUUCAAAUAUACAGGGUAAAAUUCACGAAAGAGUAGCCGAGUAUCUUUGUCAAUUGUUAAUCGAUCAUUUAGAACUUAACGUUGAUAUUUCUUCAGUACUAACUAAACUUCAGAAGUAUUAUGCGUAAGAAAAUUUUAAGUUUUUAAUAUUUUUUACCAGAGGUAUUUAGAUAAUAUAUUUAAAUCAGUUUAACCGUUUUUUAACAAUACAUAUCACAUCUAUUUUUAGACAUAUGCAAAAAUAAAUCUCUAAACAUAUAUAACACAAAUAUUUUGUAAUACUUUUGAAAUUUUUAAAUGAUGUAAUGAAUUACUAGGAAUUUUUAUAUUGGUUUGAGUUACACACUUUAAAAAAAUUCAUUAUACUUACCAUUUGUAAUUAAAUUGUAUAUAGAAAAAUUAAACUUAUUAUAGUUAUCAUGCAAUUGGAAGUCGUAGUGAAAUAACUGCAGCUUGUUUGGUAUCUCUCAUGUGUAAGAUUUGGCAUGAAAAAUUGUAUAAUAUAAAUGGUAUGGAAUUUAUUGAUGACGAAGAAAAUUUUAAACAGUGGUUUUUAACUAUUGAUCCAUGUUCUUGUAAUAUUGAAGCUAAACCUCCAUUAAAACCAAUUCAAUUAUUUUUGGGUAAUAUAAAUAUAAUUAAUAUAGUAAUAUAAUUUAUAGUAAUUACUUAUUCUUCUUCUACUUUACUUUCAUCUCAACUAUUUGGGAUCAAUUAGAAUUAUUAUACAUAUUUUAUUUUUAAUUUUCUAAGGUCCAAUAAUUUGCUAGAUUUGCCAGAAAAAUUGUGUACAAACCUAAUCUAUUUUAUCCUACCAGUGUACAAAUUCAUGAUAUUCCACAAAUAAAUAUGUUUGAAAAACUGGGCCUAAGUUUUGUUACAUUAAUAUUAUGUAUUUAAUAUAACCAUUUAUUUUCUUUUAAAUUACAAAUAUCUAAUAUAGAGUUAAAGUUUUAAAAAUGUUUUUAUUUUUACUAUUGAUCCAUAAUAUAAAUAAUAGAUUACUUCAUUGACUAUUAUAUAUAUUGUCUAUAAUUUAUUACUGUAUUUAUAUGGUUUUUUCCUUUUAAUUAGAUGACUCUCAUUUAAAAACAUCAUUGGAUAAUAAAGAAUCUAAAAAUGAUUCCCGGAAUGGUAAAUACAAAUUUCCAUCUGUUCAAUUAGAUAAUAGUUAUUGUUGAAAAUGUACUUAUAUGAUUAAUUUGUUGACUAAUUAUUUAUAACUUUAGACUAUGAUUCAGAUGAAGACAUUUUUUCAAGUGCUCCAACUAGUCCGUGUAGUGGAUAUUCUUCAUCUGAUGAAUCAAAUAUGUUUUAUAAUGCUGAACGUGAUUUUUCUUAUUUGUUAUUUGCCAGGUAACUUAAGUAAUAAUUCUAAAAACCAUUAGAUUCUGAAUAAAUCGGAGUCACAUACACAUACUUUAAUUUUAAUUAUUAGCAAACUUAAUAGAUUAUUUUUAACAAUUGUGAUUCAAAUUAUUUAGAAAACUGAAAUGUUAUUUAUUUUUAAAAAAUCUUUUGAAUUAUAAUAAAAUAUUAUGCACGUAUAUUAUUAAAAUCUUACAAAAUAAAAAUUAUAAUAUUUUAUCAAAUUUUAUGUAUGGGCUAUCAAAUCUCAAAUGCUUAAAUAGUUAAACUAGAUAUUUUUUUUUUUUUCAGGGAUAAUCCUAUAGAUGAGGAUUUUGAAAUAUUUGAUGCUAUUAAUGGUAUAAGUGUUGAGUCUAAUAAAUAUCCAUGGCUAUAUAGAUGGUUGUAUUCAAUGAAUGACUAUAAUAAUGUAAACAGUCUGUGAUAAAAAAAAAUUAACACAAAUGUAUUUAUUUUAAUCUGAUGAAUUAUUUAGUAAUUACUAAUAAAUGUUAAAUUUGUAAUGUUAGAAUAAGUUAGAACAGAAAACAUAAUUUCUAUUAGUAAUGUAACACUGUUUUGUACUAUUUGCAAUAUUUUGUGUAAUUUAUUGUUUAUUUUAAAAUAAUUUAUGUAACUGAUUGAUCUUUAUAUUGGUCCAAAAAGGAAAUUCUAAAAUGCUAUAAUAUGUACUGUUCAUAAAAAUAUACUUUUGGAUCUUAAAUUAUUAUAA